AUGACACGAGAAGACCCUGUACAUAAAUUCCAUAAAAUCGUAUUAGUUGCAUUUGGAGGGCCUUCUUCUUCAGGGAAAACUACUUCUUCAGCUGCUGUCAAAGCUUUAUUCAAACAUUCUAUCCUUGUUCAUUUAGAUGAUUUUUAUUUACCUGAUUCACAAAUCCCUAUCGAUCCAGUUACUAAGCUUGAAAACUGGGAUUGUCCUGAAGCUAUAAAUUUUGAAGGAUUUAUUGAAUAUAUUAAGAAUUUGAAACAGGGAAAGGGAUUAUCUAAGAAACUAGACUCAUUAGAAGCAAAGGUUGAUCUUAAAUUAACAGAAGAGGAGGAACAACAUUUUACAAAAAAGAUUAAAACUAACAUUCCAGAUGCUGAUAAAACUUUGUUUGUGUUGAUAGAUGGUUUCAUGCUUUUCCAUGAUCCAAGAUUAAUGGAAUUAUUUGAUGUCAGCUUAUUCUUCCGUGCUUCAUUUGAAACUCUUAAAGAUAGAAGAGAAUCAAGAAAAGGGUAUAGUACUGUGGAAGGGUUUUGGGUUGAUCCUCCUCAUUAUUUUGAAAAAAUUGUUUGGCCAGCUUUUGUAAGCAGUCAUUCCUAUUUGUUUGAAAAUGAGGAUGUGAGUCUGAACUUGAUACCAUUGAAAAAACAACAAUAUAGAAUUCAUGAUAUUAAGAACGAUAAUGGGAAUACUUUAUAUGACCUUGUGGAUUGGUCAUUGGACUCGGUUAUAGAGGAGAUCAAGUAA